UUGUCAGCCUCUUAGUGUAGAAAGUGUCAAGUAAAAACCAAAACAAACAUUUCGUCGCACUCAACAAUGUGUUCAAAACAACAGUAAUUUAAUAAAUAAUACAGAAAUCUUGUAAGGAAAAUAAUAGUGAAACGAUGGAAGAAAUUUUCAUUGAAGACACUAUUGUAAAAACAGAAUAUACAGUCCAGGAACCAAUUGAACUUGAAUAUACAUUAUCCAAAAAUGCCCAAGAAAUAGUAAAUAAGGAAAAGAUAGUAGAGGAAAAGAAACACAAAUGUGAGACUUGUGGAAAGCUUUUCCAGAGGCGAUCUUAUCUUUGGAGGCAUAAAGUAGUUCACACAGAAAUCAAGAAAUAUCAGUGCAGUCUGUGUUCUAAGAAAUUUUCCAGAUCAGAAACACUGAAAUACCACAUGUUAGUCCAUUCUACUGCUGAUCCAGUUAAAUGUAAAAUUUGCCAGAGGAGCUUCAAGAACAAAGAAACUCUCAAAAGACACAAGAAAACUCAUUCAGCUGAGAGGAUUCAUGAAUGUGAUAUUUGUGGCUUCAAGUUUUACAAAAAGGUUCACGUAAGGCGACACAUUCUGGAAGUGCAUGGGCGAAAACCAGAAAAUCCCGGAAAACGCCCGAAAAAAGCCUUAUCCUGCCGCUAUUGUGGGAAAAUCUUUUGGCAAAAUCGAGAAUAUGCCACUCAUAUGCUACAAGAGCACAAUGAUGACAAUCCUUUUGAAUGUGCGGUAUGUCUGAAAAAAUUUAAACUAAAAAGAAAUCUUGCGAGACAUUUAAGUUGUCAUGAAACAGACAAACCAUUCUCCUGUCCAAUUUGUGAUCAAUCUUUCAAGAGGAGGGAGUAUGUGCGAAGGCAUGAAAUAAUACAUAAAAAUGACCAGAAAACAAAAGGAGGAGAAAAUACUGAUGCUAGUCCCUUUCAAUGUUUUCUAUGUCUUAAAAAAUUUAAACAGAAAAUUUAUCUUAAAAGGCAUAUGAUUUGUCAUAAAACAGAAAAAACAUUCUGCUGUUCAAUCUGUGGGUUGUCCUUGGAGAGGAAGUCCUAUCUCAAGAAGCAUUUGGCAAAGCAUAAAACAAAGAGCAAGAAAAUUGACAAUCCGGCAAAUGUUCAGGAAAUAAAAAUCAAAGAGGAAAAAAAUGAAGAUGACUAUAUGAAUAUUCCUAGCAAACCCCAAAUCAUUAAUCAACAAAAUUGUUCUGUUGCGCCUGUUGAUUUUGUCAAAACUGAAAAGGAAUAAUUGCGAUCAUUUCCUAGGAAAUCCUAAAAUAAACAUCCAUUAUUUGAA